UACCUCAACUCUCUUUGUUAAUUACUUUCUACAAUAAACACUUUUAUCUCUUUUCUCUCUUCCCAGUGUUCCUUUACAAUGUGGGGCGUCACCGUCGUGUCUCUCGUCCUUCUUCUCAUUGCCACAGCUAAUUCCGCCGUUGUCCCCUUCCGUGAUGGUAUUUUACCGAACGGCGACUUCGAGCUAGGACCAAAGCCAUCCGACAUGAAAGGAACCGAAGUAAUAAACAAGAUGGCAAUCCCGAGCUGGGAAGUCACGGGUUUCGUCGAGUACAUAAGCUCAGGACACAAACAAGGAGACAUGCUCCUCGUUGUCCCCGCCGGAAAAUUCGCAGUGAGGCUCGGAAACGAAGCGUCGAUCAAACAAAGAAUCAAAGUGGUGAAAGGAAUGUAUUACUCGCUCACUUUCAGCGCCGCGAGGACGUGCGCUCAAGACGAAAGGCUCAACAUCUCGGUGGCGCCCGACUCUGGCGUCAUCCCGGUGCAGACGGUGUACAGCAGCAGUGGGUGGGAUCUAUACGCUUGGGCGUUUCAGGCGGAGAGUGAGGUCGCUGAGAUAGUGAUUCAUAAUCCAGGUGAAGAAGAGGAUCCAGCUUGUGGUCCUCUCAUUGAUGGUGUUGCCAUGAGAGCUCUUUACCCUCCACGACCAACAAACAAGAACAUUUUGAAAAACGGAGGAUUUGAAGAAGGUCCACUAGUACUACCAGGCUCAACCACAGGAGUUUUAAUCCCACCGUUCAUAGAAGACGACCACACUCCUUUACCCGGAUGGAUGGUAGAGUCUCUCAAAGCCGUCAAGUACGUAGACACGGAACACUUCUCAGUCCCACAAGGUCGCCGAGCCAUCGAGCUGGUGGCGGGCAAAGAGAGCGCCAUCGCUCAAGUGGCUAGGACCAUCAUCGGGAAGACUUACGUCCUUUCGUUCGCGGUCGGAGACGCCAACAACGCCUGCAAAGGAUCGAUGGUGGUCGAGGCUUUCGCGGGAAGAGAUACGCUCAAGGUGCCUUACGAGUCGCGUGGCACUGGAGGGUUUAAACGUGCUUCGAUACGGUUCGUGGCGGUUUCGACCAGAACUAGAGUUAUGUUCUACAGCACUUUCUAUGCCAUGAGGAGCGAUGAUUUCUCGUCUCUGUGUGGGCCUGUGAUUGACGACGUUAAGCUAAUAAGCGUUCGUAAGCGGUAGAUGGAUGAAUUUAUUAUUAUUAUUAUUACAAGAAAUGAAGUGUGUGUGGGGUUUUAUUUUCAAAAACUAAAAAAAAAUACUGUCUUUUGGUGUGUUUUGCUUUUUAUUCAAAAGAUAUGUAUAAGGUGACGGUUUAUUUAGGGUUAUAAUGUAUUUUCUUGUAUGAGAAGGCAAAUGAAAGGUUGCCAUUUAUAGAGAGUUGUCUACAAACUUGCAAGAAUAAAAUUCAGUAACAUGAAGAUGAUUGUGUUACUCUUUACUUUAA